UUCAACAUUGGGUUCAGCCAGUACAGGAUUUAUUUUUUAAUUUUCUUUGAGGCUGGAAUGUGCGUUAAACAAAAAUUCAAAUAAGGAAACACGCUCCCCAGCUUUUUGCUACGCAUGGCCAAAGAGAAGCGACACAGGCGAAGAGAAACUCCGGAGCGUGAAGCCGAAGUGAAGAUAAAGCAGGAGAAACUGAGCCCUGCUAGGCCACAGAGAUCACGCCGCUCCAGGUCGAGAUCCCCCGGCAACUCCAGUCCACAGAGAGGAGGAACAAGCAGGUCACCUGCCAGGACGAGGGACCGUUCACCAGGUAGAAGGGAAACGUCUCCCGCCAGGAGAAGCAGCAGAUCUCCGAGAAAAAGGAGAAGUCGCAGUCCUCACCACGGCGAUGUUAGAAUAAAGCGGGAACGGGAUGAGCAUAGAGCUAGUGGCGACGAAAGAAGAAGAAGAAAUGACCAACCAGAGGACAGACGGAGCAGGUGGGAAUCGGAUAGGCCACGAGAGAGGGAGCGUGGCGGGGAGAGACAACGGGAGCGAAAUGCUCUUGCAUCCCAACAAGCUGAGCGGCAGCAGCAUGACGAGCGACGCAGGGAAAAUCGUCAGCGACGUGAAGAAAACCAAGAACAUGACUUCGGGAGUUCUGAAGGAGGGAGCAAUGACACAAGCGCUCCUCCCACUGUGAAAGAGAAGCCAAACUUUGAACUUUCGGGGGCACUCACAGAAGACACCAACACAUUUCGGGGAGUGGUGAUCAAGUACAACGAGCCACCUGAGGCUCGCAUUCCAAAGCGUAGAUGGCGACUGUACCCUUUCAAGAAUGAUGAGGCUCUUCCAGUCAUGUACAUUCACAGACAGAGUGCCUAUUUGUUGGGGCGGCAGAGAAGAAUUGCUGACAUCCCUAUUGAUCACCCAUCCUGCUCCAAGCAACAUGCAGUAUUCCAGUAUAGACUGAUGGAGUUUACGCGGGCAGAUGGCACCACAGGCCGGAGGGUAAAGCCUUACAUUAUUGACCUUGGCUCUGGCAAUGGCACUUAUCUGAACAACCAGCGUAUCGACCCCCAGCGGUACUAUGAACUCAAAGAAAAAGAUGUCCUCAAGUUUGGCUUCAGCAGCCGUGAAUACGUCCUCCUGCACGAGUUCUCAGACACGAGCGAGGUGGACGCCAAGCAGGAAGAGGAAGACGAGGGCCUUGAUGAGUAAAUCGUUCCCACAUACUUUAUUGCCUAAGUUGAUUCAGGUUAGAUAACGUCAUCAACAACAACAGGACAAAUAAUUGUUUCUGCAGGGAGUGGAGCAAUAAUUCAAACCAGUAAAUGUGGGAACUGAUUGAAAUAAUGGAACAGGAUUUGUUGGUGGUGUAUAUUCUGUAAUUACUGAACUGUUGCUUGAACCUGCCACAGCUGUCUCAAAGAAGACUUCUUUUUCUCAGGUUGUAUGUCUGUGUGAUACAUGACAGAUGUCGCAUCGCUAAUCUAUAGUUAUAUAUUCUAUAUUUUUGGGUCACAGCGCUGAGUGCAAAACAUAGCUAAUCAUCUAUGUCCAUGCUAUAUGUGUCAGUGUACAUUACAUUAUUGGAAUGUGAACUCUAGACUCGUGUUUAAAAAGCAUUUCUUAUUGUCAGACUAACCAUUACAGAUGUAUAAGAUGUAAGGAUAUUCUCCCCUUCUUUUUUUUUCUUUUGAUUUGUAGUGCAGAAAAAAAAAAUCAAUUCUGUUGUGUUCCCUUGCACUGCUGGAGUUUGUAGUCCCCAUUCUUAUUUUUACCCAUUCAUAAAAGUUCAUAGAUUUAAUUCAUUCAUACAUUUUCAUUUUUGUACUGUAAAUAAAUUUUUGAUUGAAGAGUU